AUGGUAAUCUUUUUCAAGGCAACAAUUUGUAUGAUUUUGCUAUUGAAAAUGGACUUUAUCAAAGUAUUCUCCAAACUUCAUUGUUUGAUUUUUAUGCAAAGUGUGGGGACAUGGAGAGGGAAGUUCAUGGGAACCGAAAAAAUGGGGGAAUAUGCAGCAAAAAGGCUCUUGGAUUUGGAACCCAGUAAUGCUGGCUAUUACACUUUUAGUACUGUUCAAGCUGUUGUUGAGAGGUGGGAUGGAGUUGAAGAACUACGGAGAUGUAUGAACGACAAUGAUUUGAUGAAGAAGCCGGGGUGGAGCUGUGUUGAAGCCAAAGGAUUGAUCCAUGGUUUUGCUUCUAGAGAUCAAUCACACCCUCGAAUGCUAGAAAUCUAUUAA